ACCACUCUCUCGACUCGGCUAGGAGCCAGUACUGCCGCCCUAGCCUGUACCAGAGCACCCUCGACCACCGACCCACGCCAUGCUCGGCUCGAUCCAGACCCACUUCUGGGCCGUGCGCGACUACCUUGCCCCGGUCCUGCGCGACUCCAAGUUCAAGGAGACGGGCCGCCUCACCCCGGACGAGUUCGUCGCCGCGGGCGACUUUCUCGUGUACAAGUUCCCGACGUGGCAGUGGGAGGGCGGCGACCCGACCAAGGCGAGGGACUUCUUGCCCAAGGACAAGCAGUACCUCGUCAGCCGCAACGUGCCCUGUCUCCGACGCGUCUCGCAGCUCGGCCAACAAGGCGGCGCGGGCGACGAGUACGCCGAGAUGCUCAUGGACUUUGCCGAGGGUGGCGGCGCGGCGGGCGACGAGGGCGACGAGUGGGUCGCGACGCACACCAACGCCCAAGACCCGAACUCGACGACCGACAUCCCCUCGAUGGGCGACAUCCCCGACGCCGACGACCUAUCCUCGUCCUCGGGCGUGGACGGCGUCACCUCUUCCCUCGCCGACACGUCGCUCAACCCGAACGCCGCCGCCGCCGCACGAGACGAGGUGCCCGACUUUGACGACAUCCCCGACAUGGACGACGAGGCCGGCGGGGCAGGCCUGGUCGAGGACGACGACGAUGCGGCGGUCCAGGUCGAGCCCUCGUCUCUCAGCGGCGGCGGCACCCGGUCCGACAAGCUCGUCCAGGUGCGGACGUACGACUGCAUGAUCUCGUACGACAAGUACUACCAGACGCCGAGGAUGUGGCUCCUCGGGUACGACGAGCACAAGCGCCCUCUCCCGCCCACCUCGGCCCUCGACGACGUCUCGUCCGACCACGCGCUCAAGACGGUGACGAUCGAGCCGUUCCCGCACAGCGGCGCCGGGCUCUCGAUCGCGAGCGUGCACCCGUGCAAGCACAGCGCCGUCAUGAAGAAGGUCAUCGAGCGCAUGGACGGCAACGUGAGGGAGAUGCAGCGCCGGGCGAGGGCUGAGGGCCAGGGGCAGGGCGAGGGGCCGCCGCACAAGGAGAAGGAGAAGGAGGAGAAGAAGGGCGGCGGGAGCAGGUGGCUCGGGCUCGGGAAGAAGAAGGACAAGGAGGCUGCGGGAGCGAAGGACGGCUCGGGCGAGGGUAUAGCGGGAGCGGACGCAGACGACGAGGGCCUGCGCGUCGAGCAGUACCUGCUCGUGUUCCUCAAGUUCAUCAGCACCAUCACGCCGACGAUCGAGGUCGACUCGACGGCGAGCAUCUGAUCCUGCUCCACCCGUCGCCUCCUCGGCUCGCCCAGCCUCGCCUCGCCUCGCCUCGACUCGACCCGACUCGGCGCUGGUCGCCUUCUCGUCGCUCGGACCCCUCGUCUCGACGCGGCGCCCUCGUCUCGACGCGGCGCCCUCGUCCUCCCUCCCCCACGUUGACCGUCGUCCUCGGCCUCCUCGGUUACCCUCCCUCCCCCCUCGUUCGCCUUCCUUGCCCUUGCCCUUUAUCUCUCCAUUGCGCCGCCGUCUUUGCCUCCCUCCCUCCCCCUCACUCGUCGUACCCCCUCUCGCGCGCGCUCUCGCUCUGCAAGUCGCUGUGCCUCUC